AUGCUUCUGUUUCCAGCCCUCUCUCCUUAAAUACCCACCUCCACAACACCACAAUCCCUCCCAACCUUUCCACAAACUCAAUACAUCAAACACCUCUUGAGGAUUAUUUCUCAAAGACUCUCUCUUCUUCUUCUUCUACUUUUUCUGCUACCCCUUUCUUGUGCCCAAAAUGGCUAUCAGAAAAUCAAACCACAAGCAGUCUCAGACAACAGUAGUGAUCAAGCAAAUCGUCAAGAGAUGUUCAAGCUUGGGAAAGAACAAACAUGGGUACCAAGAUCAAGAAUCAGGGCUUCCUUUGGAUGUCCCAAAAGGUCAUUUUGUUGUAUAUGUUGGUGAGAACAGAAGCAGAUACAUUGUGCCCAUAUCUUUCUUGUCUAGACCUGAGUUUCAAAGCUUGCUUCACCAAGCAGAGGAGGAGUUUGGGUUUGAUCAUGACAUGGGUCUCACAAUCCCUUGUGAGGAAGUCGUUUUUCAGUCUUUAACAUCAAUGCUCAGAUGAGAAAAGAAGAUCAUUCAGGGUUUAGGCUAGCUUUUUUUGUUUUGAGAAAAAAUAUUAUGACUAAAAGAUGAAGCUGCUUCACUUGCUUCUCUGGUCAUCUUAAUUUUCUCUGGUGUUUUUUUUUUUUUCAGAUUUGGAUUUUUUGGGAGGGUUUCCUUAUACAAUGACUCUGACCCAACAAAACCCAAGAAUAUAACUAUCUGGGUUCGGAUUUGUAAAUUAAAAAGCUCAAGACUUUGGUCUAUUAGACCAAUAUAUGUAUCCAUCCGGUUGAAGAACAAAUGAAGGACAUCUGGGGUUUGUCCCCUUCUUUUGUUCA